GUAGUGUACAACCUGACUUUCGCUGAACUGAAUGAGCAACAGAGAUUGAUUUGGUAUUCUAACGAACACGACGCCAAGAUGUGUGUAAUGAAAGGAAAGGAUGAGGAAAAUUGUCAGAAUUAUAUCAGAAUAAUGGCGAGGAGUACAACAGGACGACUUCUACUUUGCGGAACGAAUGCUUUCAAACCUCUUUGUCGGGAUUAUAUAAUUCACACAAAAAACUACACCGUGGAAAAAGAGAAACCUGGCCAAGCGGUGUGUCCGUAUGAUCCUCAUCAUAAUUCGACGGCAAUAUAUGUUGACGGAGACCUGUACACUGGCACGGUAGCUGAUUUCAGCGGAAUGGACCCCAUUAUCUACAGGGAACCGCUACAGACGGAACAAUACGAUUCGAUGAGUCUCAACGCUCCCGAUUUUGUCGGAUCCAUGACCCAGGGGGACUUCGUUUACUUCUUCUUCAGGGAAACGGCCGUCGAAUACAUCAAUUGCGGAAAGGCGGUCUACUCCCGUGUCGCAAGAGUGUGCAAAAAUGACAGAGGUGGGCCUCAUCGUUUUAGAAACCGAUGGACUUCUUUCCUGAAAUCCAGAUUAAACUGCUCUGUCACAGGCGAAUUCCCUUUCGCUUUUAAUGAAAUACAAUCCGCCACAGAUUUGAUAGAAGGCAAGUACGGCGAGGUCCAAGCUCAACUUAUCUACGGCACCUUUACCACUCCUCCGAACAGCAUAUCAGGAAGCGCGGUGUGUGCGUUCAGUCUUCAGGACAUCACCGACACAUUCGAAGGAAAUUUCAAAGAACAGGCAGCCAUCAAUUCCAAUUGGCUGCCGGUAUUAAGCAAUAAAGUACCGGACCCGAGGCCGGGGCAAUGUCACAAUGAUAGUAGGACGUUGCCGGACUUGACACUAAAUUUUAUCAAAACGCAUUCACUGAUGGACGAAAGUGUGCCAAGCUUCUUUGGGCAGCCCAUCGUCAUCAGGACCAGUUUUCAUUAUCGAUUCACCCAAAUUGCAGUGGACCCACAAGUUAAAGUACCUGGUGGAAAGACUUACGAUGUUCUCUUCAUCGGAACAGAUAAUGGAAAGGUCAUAAAAGCUGUGAAUGGCUUGUCGGCCGACUCGAGACAUGGAGUUAGAACCGUUGUUGUGGAAGAAAUUCAAGUCUUUCCUGUCCACGUUCCAGUACGGGGCAUAAAAAUAAUGAAAGGUGCCAAAGGUGACAAGGAGGAAUCUCGACUCAUCGUCGUCUCCGAUACAGAAGUGCAAUCACUCAGAGUGCACAGAUGCGACAGCAACAAAAUAUCAAGUUGCAGUGAAUGUGUAGCUCUCCAAGAUCCCUACUGCGCUUGGGACAAAGUGCAAGGCAAAUGCAGGUCGAAGGGUUUGGGACGAUGGGGCGAAGAAAGUUACUUUUUCCAAAGUGUUAGUACUGGAGAACAUACUGCAUGCCCUCCUCCAAAGGGAAAGGAUACUAGUUCAGUUGAAGGGCUGAGCUCAAUGCAACCCAAGUACAGUCCAGACCUUCAGCCGAGUAACGAUAAACCAAAUGGACAAGUUAUCAAUAUUAUUCAAAAUAAACCUUUUGAUAACAGUGGUCCAGCAGUGACGGCGGCAGACUCACUUCCUAAUCAGUACUCUGUUGAAACACUGAUCAUGGCUGUUGUAGCAGGUUCAGUGUCGGCACUAGUUGUAGGAUUUUUUGCUGGUUAUUUAUGUGGUCGAAAAUGUCACAAAGAUGAAGAUGAUAACUUGCCAUAUCCAGAUACGGAAUAUGAAUACUUUGAACAACGCCAGAACAUGAAUAGUAGGAUAGCAGCAGAGCCAAAACUACUUCCUCAAGAAGAGGUAACAUAUGCGGAACCAGUACUAGUCCCUCAGCCUCCACCAAAACUACACUCACCUAAGAAUACUCUACGAAAAGGUCCACACCAGAACAAUGCAGAAACCUUAUUCCAAUUCCAGACGGAUGCUGGAUAUAAUGGUAGAGACAACUACAGAGGUCGAGAUAACUUUGGAACACUGCGCUCACAUCAGGUAAACGGACGGGAAUACUUAUGAUUGGAAUUUUAGGACACUGCGUUUAUACAUCCGCAAGUCCUGAAUAUGUUUGUCAUUUCACCUUCCAAGGAUUCCUCAGAACUUUGAGAGAUCUAUCUCAUUUGACUUUUGUAAAUCAAGAAUAAGUCCCACUAAUGUUACACUGAUGUAUCCAUUGUUUUUUUCUUAUUUUCAAUAGAAAUAGUUUACAUUGAAUAGACAAUAAAAUAAUUGGCAGUCAAGUUAAUAAAGUAUGCAAUCCUCUUGUAUUAUGAUUAAAAUAACUAACAAAUCAUAAAAGUAGCAGUAGUUUCACUAAACUGCUUCAAAGUUAUAAUUCUAUUAUUUCUUCAUGUUUUUGUAAUAAUCCAUGUCCAAUGACCCAGUAAUAAAAUACCAAUGGAGUAUGCGUUCAUUUGAAACAUACAAUAUUUGUUGUCAAUUUAAAAAUCAUUUAUACCUCACGAAAUAUUUGCUUUAUUUGUAUAUGAAUCUGACCGCUCCGAUAUUUUAAAACAUUAUAUUCUGUCAUUUUCAAGUACAUUGUUUCAAGAACUAUCAAAUUAGAUUUAUGAAAUAAAAACCAAUAUUAAUACA